AUGUCACAUGGGAUAGAGAAGACGCAGCAGCCUCCUCUCGCUCAUCUUGACCUUCUCACAAGAAUAGCACGGCUUGAGCAACAGUGGGCGGUGGAGCAAAGAAAGCAAUCGGGUAUGAGACAAACAGCCGAUCAACUUGGAGAUCAGACAUCUUCGUUCGGCGCCCAGAUGCCUGACCAUGCCCGUCCAGACAUUUUGUCGAGUGAUGCCGGCGCUCUGGUCAAUCAGAUCCUCCCAAUCGAAGUACCGACUUGGGAUACCAGCCAGGGCGACGAGCCUGAACCUGCUUCGCAUGAUCUUCCCACGACGGAUUUACCCAAUAUUGCUGACCAACAACCGCAGCAUUCUCAGGCUCCCAUUAGAUGCUCGUUCUACGACCGUGAACGCAUUCCUAUAUGUUGUACGCAAGAUUUAAGACUCUCAUUGAACCAUGAAGUUGAUGAUGGGGUGGGAGCCGUGAGAAUGGUAUUGCAGAGAUAUUUUGAACUGUUGAACCCCCACUAUCCUUGCUUGAACGAGUCUCAAAUGUUGGCCCAGUUUGAGGAAUAUGUUGGGGCAACCGACGCAUACCAGCCGAGCGUUGACACGGUCCGGUUUGGAGCACUGGUUCACCUCAUCAUCGCCUUGCUUGCGGUCUUACAAGAGUCGUGUCCCGACAGCGACGCGAUCCCUGGGUGGGCUCAUCAUGAGAAGGGAUCCCAUUUGCUCACGCACGCGGGGCUGUUGGCGGAAGGGAAUAUGGUCACAAUCCAAGCACUUAUGAUCAAGGCCACAUAUCUGCUAUAUGCCGAAAAGUACAAUGCCUCAUAUGAAGCGGUAGGUCAGGCGGUGAGGGUUUCUUACCUGAUCGGACUUCAUAAUCAAGGGGACAGGGAGGAAGACUUCAGCCCUUUCGAGAUCCACAUGCGGCAAAGGGUCUUCUGGUCUUUGUAUAUCCUGGAAAGGAACAUUUCUCUGGUUGUCGGUGUGCCCUAUCUGAUUCGAGACCUGGAAACAAGAGUCCAAGUGCCUUCUGCCGUCGACGACAGGGUUAUCGGGAGGACGGAACAACUACCUGAAGAAUCGCCGUUGUCUUCAUGUAUCCCUUACCUGUACUGCACGAUCAAAUGGGCGCGACUUAGCUCUGAAAUCUGGGAUCAUACAUUUUGCGCCAAUGCAACCAGGCCUGUGGAUGAAGAGUUUAUCGUCAUCAUGGACGCCCGCAUUGAGAACCUACGCGAUAGACUACCGCCGCAUCUGCAGUGGAAGAACCGAUCUAAAUUAGACGACAAAGAGGGAGAUGUGCCGGGAUUCGCUUUGCGCCAGGCCCGAAUCCUACAUCUGCGAUGUAACCAUCUGCGCCUACAGCUCCGGCGAGAAGACCUGCUAUCUUCUGAUUUCCGCUCUCGAGACCUUGUCACCUGUCUCGAGAUCGCACAGGAUACGGUUGACACAAUUCACGACUUUUGGUUCUCCUCGACGUCGGAAAAUCUACAACGAUAUUCGUGCGUGGUAUACGUCACUGGCGCUCUGAUUGCCUUGACCGGUAUACUACUCCAGCAAAAGUCUGACGAAGGGAGUCUUUGGAAGGCAUCGAAAUCCUUCCGGCGCGCCCUUCACGUCCUACAUGACAUAGCGCCCAGUCUACGCCUGGCACGAUUCAAUCUGAAAAAAAUGGAACGUGUGAUUGCGGCGGCCGAACGCAUCUGCCAGUCUGUGGAUGCCACUCAAUCAGCCAUUGAGGUUCCGUUGAUGCCAGGGGAGGGCACGGUAAACCGGAAAUUGCUUAAUGAUGCAGUCCCUUCCACGUCGAUGGACAUCAUGGAUGGCUUAAACUUUGGCUUUGGAGCGAUCGAGGACAGUCCUGUUCGCAUGAUGUUCACUCCAGCAUUUGAUGCACAUUACUGGGAUCCACAGCUCCUGGGCCUCUGA